UCAUAUACCAAUCAAGAUGGCAGCCUCCGUGCGUGCAAAUUACUGUUUUCGUGUGAUAGGAAAUGCAGUAUUACGAAGAAACCCUCUAUGCAUUUCAAGAGUAAAUCCAAUUUUAUACAGAGCUGGAAAUUUUUCACCGAAAAAUAUCAUAAGUAACAUUGGUCAGCAGACGAUCUCAACUUCGGUUCUAAGAUGGGAUGAGAUAAACGAAGGCACAGAAGCAACCAAACCGCAGAUCCGGCAGGAGGAGCUAACUGAGGAUGAACUUCUUCAAGCCAUUGAAUACUUGAACAGUGAAGAGUACAUGGAACGGUAUGGAGAUAAGCCAGUAUGGGCCAACUAUAAGAGAAACCAUAAAGGAAGGAUACCCCCAAUGAAAACAAGGAAGACAUGCAUUAGAGGUUACGGAGAGAAGCAAAGAAUAAGUGGUAACCCAUGUCCAAUCUGCAGAGACUCUCGUCUAGUAUUACACUACACGAAUGUAAAGCUAUUGGAACAAUUCAUCUGUCCUCAUUCGUGGAAUAUCUACUCGACAUACAGGACAGGAUUAUGUCAGAAGCAACAUAAGAAACUUUGUGCAUCAAUUGAGAAAGCAAGACGAUAUGGGGCGUUGCCUUAUUCCAUACCCAACAUCGAGUACAAUUAUGAGGAUUACUAUCAUGAUGAAACUGCACCAGUCGAAAAAAAGAGAUCAGUUGACAUUUGACCUUUGACAUCAAAGAACAUGAUAUGAGAUGCUAUUAACUAGGAACUCCACGAAAGGGAAAAGUGGAGAUCAGUUGAAAUUUGACCUUUGACCUUGAACAACACAAUAUGAGAUUCUAUGAACUACGAACUCCACCAAAGGAAACAGAAGAGAUCAGUUGACAUUUUGACCUUUGGCAACAAAAGGUGCUAUGAACUAUAAACUCUCUCUCUCUUGAAUUUGGCACCACUGCACUUUGGGGGAAUCAAAUUUUUAUCAGGGAGCCAUUUGCUGCACCCGGGUUUAGAGCAGUAAGUAUGGGAAGGGCAUCGUGCUGUAGGAUAAAAGAUAUCCAGGAUAACUGCGAUAAGACAGGAAUAAAAUCAUCUGCAGUUUAUAGUGACACAGGUCCGUAAUCUCAACAAAAACUGGUGUAACGUUACCUGUGAUAUAACUAAACUUUCUUAUUUUACACCCGUUUUUGAUGAAAUUUUCAGUGUUAUGCUUGUUGGAUUUUGCUCUUUUUAUUCAAAUCCACUUUUUGUUGGGGUGGACUUGUCCUUUAAGCAAUGGGUGGUGUGUUUUUCCUGACUAGCACACACUGUGAAUGAGAAUUGAAAUAUUAAAGAAGACACAUUUUGAUGUGUGAUGAAUCCCAAGAAUGAAAAAAAAAAUAAUCGGAAUAAGCACAAGGGCAAUUGAAGUGUUUCAAGUUUCAUUUAUUUCUCCCCAAUAGAUCAGAUAAAAAUACAUAAAAUAGACAAUGAAUAACAAUGUGUUAAUAACAAUGUACAUCAAAUAAAUGAAAGAAAAUGAGGAGGAAAAUGGUGAAAAAGGAAGAUAAUUUGUGAUAGGCCAACCCAUAACAAAAAGUACUUAGACAUAAAAUACCAUAAAAUCACAAAGACCUACACCAAAUGAAUGAGGUUAAUAAACAUCUUUAAAAAGAAAUAAUGUUAGGUACAAGGUUGAUGACCAAUCUCCGACGAUUAAGUUAACAUGAGUGACAUGGGGGACAUCAUGGUCUAGUGAUUAUAACUCUCAUUUUUCAAUCUGAGGGACAUGUGUUUGAUUAAUAGCCAUGGCGUGUUUUCCUUCACCAAGAAGUUUACCCACAUUGUGCCGCACUCAACCCAGGUUAAGGUGAAUGUGUAGCCGGUAGGAAGAAGUUCCUCGAAUGCUCAAGCACCCAAUCAAUGCAGCUGUGCUAAAGUGGGGUAAUGAUAACAUGUUAUGUAGGCCCCGCUGGGAGAACAGCUUUUGGAACUGAAGUGGCUAACCUGGGUAAAAUAUUACAUUAUUAUUGUUAUUAUUAUUACAAUAAAGGUGUAACUUGUGCACAUGAACAUGUAUUAUGAAAACAAAUAAAUUGGUGUAAUUUAUAAGUUUAUGGAAA